AUGCAGUCUCAGUCAUUUGACGCUCCUUGCCCUCUCUAUGCUCCUAAGCCUAUCCGUGCUUACACACCAGUUCCAUGGAUUCUUUACGAAUUCAGCCUCGACACACAGCUUCCCCAGAUUGACAGCUCGAAUGCGCAGCCACGGUAUCAAAGCCUGCCACCUGCUGGAGCACCUGAAAGUAAGCGUCCUAGUAACGAGCAGCAUUUGUUCAACACGAAGCUGCUCGCAGAACAGCGCGGAAAUCAAGUCCUGGCGGCGAAGCUCGCUGCGACAGAGUUGGCAGCGAAGACUGCGGCGGAAGCUGCUACGUUCUCGCUGGGAACCAUCGUGGACUCUGAGUUCAGCGUCCCACCUCUUAACAGGUGGGGGAAGUUAGUGCAGGCAGGGAAACGGGUUGCCUCUCGGGUCCGCAAGGGCUCGAAGUAG